AUGGCACCAUCUCAAACCCAAGAAGAAAACUCCACAGCCUCCAAGAGCUCCGACCUCUUAAAGCACUCCAAAGAAGAGUCAGUUCUUACAGAGAAGGACCGCAAGGGACUUGUCUUCACCGACAAACACAGCUCCCCCGAUGUGUAUAUAAACUGCAACAAGGAUAGCCUAUGGCAUCCCUGGACGGGUACUUUAGAGCUUAAGCCUCUCCGCUUUGAGACUCGAUCUGGUAGCUUCGUCAUAGGGUUACGCACCCCUGUGGAUUGUUGGCUUGGAAAGCACAGACACCGAGGAACCGUAACAGCAGUUACAAUGUCAGGUAACUGGAGAUACAAAGAAUACGACUGGGUAGCAGGACCCGGUGACUAUGUCGUCGAGAACCCCGGCACGAUCCAUACACUGUUUAUGGGAGCUGGGUCUGAGGUGAUUUUCACCAUCACGGGCAGUCUUGAAUUCUUCAACGAUGAUGAUAGUUUGAAGGAGACAAUGGAUAUUUUCAGUUUCGCGCAGUUGUAUUACGAUCACUGCGAGGAAAAGGGUGUUGAACCCAACAAGGGUCUGUGGUAUUAG